GACCUUGUUUAUAAAGCAAUGAAAGAAUAUGCCCCAGAGGGUCUACAGUCACGUCGUCCGGGCCACAAGAAAGUUCCUCGUUUUCCCAUCAUCUCUGUUGGUCCAAACGAACAAUGGUCUAUUGAUGGCCAUGACAAGCUGUCAUCAUAUGGGAUUGGGAUUUAUGGAAUCAGGGAUGUGUACUCAGGACGCCUUCUGGCUCUCCAAGCAAUGCCAUCCAAUCGGAGGAGUGAAGAUGUGCAUUGCAUCUUCGUCAAUACCGUUUUGAAGGCUGCAGGAAUUCCCUUACAAAUUGCAAGUGAUCGUGGUUCAGAGAUUGGAGAGGUGAUUGCAUCACAAAUAGCAUUUCGAACAACAUACUCAUCCAUCUCACUUGAAGACGUGUUUCCAUACAAGUUGCUAAAGAGCACUCACAAUAUUACCAUUGAACGAUCUUGGCGAAAUGUUCGUGAGAAUGUGGUUGAUCAAGUCAAGGCUGCUCUUCACUCAGCCUAUGGUUCUGGUCUGAUUCAUGACGGUGAUCCAGUGCAUCAGACACUGGUCAAUUGGAUUGUUCCACCAGUAGUUCAGCAGUGCCUAGACGAUUUUGCUAAAGUCUUCAACUCUUAUCCCGUGCGAUAUCAAAAGGAGAAGGCAAAUCCCUCUGGUGCAUCGCGGAAUGAGAUAUACUUCAACCCAACACAAUGGGGAGGGAGAAACUGC